UUUUAAUUCAACACCGAACGAAAGUAACGAUAAAAGAUAAUAUUAUAAAACUGAAAGUAUUUCUACUACGCCAUAGUGAGUUAGGUACUUGCAGUAUCAGCACAGAAACGUCUUGAAUAUCAUCGUUUUAUUAUUUAUCUCCUUCACGUUUUUAACAAAUAUAUCUACAAAUAAUGUUAAACAGUGUCGGAAAAAUUUCCUCUAAAAACAAUAAUUAAAAACUGUGUUUCGGACAGUUUAGCAAAUGCCUUUGAACUUGUAAGUGAUCUGUGGAAAGUGUAGUGACACGAAAGAGCGGUCAGCUGUUAGUUUACCUACUUAUUUUACAUGCAGCUAAACUUACCAAAUGGAGGAAGUUAAAAAUGGUGAGUUUGCAGAGAAAAAGCUGAAUCCACUAGAUAGGUCAAAUUUUAUUACGAGAUUGUUUUUCUGUUGGUUGCUUCCAUACUUUGUCAAAGGCUACAAUCGAGAAUUAACCGAAGAUGACAUGUACAGGCAUCGAAGUGUGCACGAUUCUAGCAAGUUGGGACAAAACCUGGAAGAGCGAUGGAUAAAACAUGUAGCUAAGAACAAGAAUCCUGCAUAUUGGAAAGUAUUAAUAGGAACCUUUGGCUGGGAAAUGUUCGUCCUGAAUGUUUUUUAUAUAAUAUUCGAAACAGUACAAAUGGCUCAACCGUUUUUAAUAUCAAAGUUACUGAUGGUUUAUCAAACAGAUCCCGAAGAAAAUAUUAAAGAUAUUUAUUUGUACGCAGGCUUAAUAGUAGCGACGUCGUUUCUUAGGGUCAUCCUUGCACAUAGGUUUAGCUUUGCAACGUUUCAAGUUGGUAUGAAAAUGAGAAUAGCCUCAUGCUCUCUAAUCUAUAGGAAAGCUUUAAGACUUAGCAAAUCUGCUUUAGCCGAGACUACGAUUGGCCAGAUGGUUAAUUUACUAUCUAAUGAUGUAGGUAGAUUUGACCAAGCUAUUAUUAUGCUCCAAUAUCUUUAUUUCGGCCCGAUACAGGCACUUAUUGUAAUGGUAAUUUUAUAUAUGAUUGUUGGAUGGACAGGACUUCUUGGAUCAAUAUUUUUGCUACUAUCGAUACCGCUACAGUCAUGGUUAGGAAAGAAGACUUCCCAGUUUAGGCAGAAAACUGCCCUCAAAACUGACGAGAGAAUUAGGCUUAUGAAUGAAAUCAUAUCUGGAAUUCAAGUAAUCAAAAUGUACACUUGGGAAUAUCCAUUUGCAAAGUUAGUGGAGUAUGUGAGGGGCAAUGAAAUAAAAUUCAUCAGGAAAACUUCGGUUAUUCGUGCAAUUCUGAUGUCGAUGGCCAUGAGUUUAAACGACGUAGCUGUUGCGAUAUGUUUGGUGACAUUUGUUUUGACAGGAAAUCCUCUAACAGCAUCCUACGCAUACACAGUUACUUCCUAUUACCGUCUCAUGGGCAGCCUUACUUACUUCUUUCCCAUGGGCGUUUCUCAAGGCUCCGAAAUGGUCAUAUCGAUGAAGAGAAUCCAAAAAUUUUUGCAGUAUGAUGAAAUACAAUCUGACAUGUAUGAUGAUACUUCUUACAUUUUUGAUAAUUCUUACAUUCAUAUUAAGAAAGCCUCCACUAAAUGGUUGAAGUCGCAACCGGAGAACAUCUUAGAGAACAUCGACAUGGAUGUAACACCUGGUAAUUUAACAGCUAUUGUUGGAUCUGUAGGAAGUGGAAAGACAACCUUGUUGCACGUUAUUAUGAAAGAGCUCGAACUCCAACAAGGAUAUGUAAAUGUAAAUGGUAUAAUAUCAUAUGCUUCACAAGAGCCUUGGCUGUUUGGAGGUAGCAUAAGGCAAAAUAUCCUAUUUGGAGAAAUAUAUGAUCAAAUCAAAUACAACGAAGUAGUACGAGUGUGUGCCUUACAAAGAGACUUUACUCUAUUUCCUCAUGGAGAUAGAACCUUAGUGGGCGAACGAGGUGUUACUUUAAGUGGAGGACAAAGAGCUAGAAUCAACUUGGCUAGGGCUACUUACAAAGACGCUGAUAUCUACUUACUAGAUGACCCUCUAUCCGCUGUUGAUACACAUGUUGGUAAGCACAUAUUUGAAGAAUGUAUUUGUGGAUACCUUGGAAGCAAAUGCGUCGUUUUGGUCACACAUCAGCUACAAUAUUUAAAGAAUAUACAGAAUAUAUAUUUAUUAAAGAAUGGUCAAGUAGCUGUCUCGGGUUCCUAUAAUGAUAUAAGAAACUCUAAUACAGAUUAUAGUAAACUCUUGGCCGAGAUGGAAGAUGAGGAACAAGAAAUAAAAAGAAAAUCUAAAGCUGUUGAAGUCAAGCAAGAAAAGACUGAAGGAGAAGCAUUGCCUGUAUUACAAAGAGAAGGUAAAAGUACAGGAAAUAUUUCUGGACGUGUUUAUCGAAAGUAUGCUAAAGCUGGUGGACAUAUUUUUAAGGCUUUUUGUAUAUUAUGUCUCUUUAUACUUAACCAAGCUGUGUUGAGUAUGUGCCAAUAUUUCGUUACUUUCUGGGUCAAUAUUCAACAAUGGAAAUCUUCACAAAACAUAUCAUCCACAAUAGACACUAGACUUAUAGGAAAUUAUACUGCACUGUUAGAGUUUACCACUCCUUCUCCUCAAUCAAUUGACAAUACAGGUUUCGCUAAUUGGUGGCUUACCCCAGUUUUUGUAAGUGAAUACACUGCAUUCUACUUCAUUGCUCUAAACAUUAUCAUGGUACUUAUUAUGAAUAUCAGGUCGUCUUCGUUUUACGCAUGGGCUAUAACAGCAUCCACAAAAAUUCACAAUAUGAUGUUUGAGAACAUAGUUUACAGUCCAAUGAGGUUCUUCAAUAUAAACCCUUCUGGAAGAAUUCUUAAUAGGUUUUCCAAAGACAUUGGUGCUUUAGAUGAAGUUUUGCCAAUGACUUUCAUGGAUACUCUUCAAAUUGGCCUCCAGGUAGGUGCGAUCUCUAUCGUAAUAAGUAGCUUAACAUACUGGAUCAUGAUACCCACUAUCUGCAUAGGUAUACUGUUUUAUGUAAUGAAGAUCGUAUUUUUAAAAACCAGUCGAGAUGUUAAGAGAGUGGAAUCAGUAACUCGAAGUCCCAUUUUUACUCAUCUAACAGCUACACUUCAAGGACUGACUACUAUAAGAGCAUUCAAAGCUGAAGAAAUACUAAAAACUGAAUUUGAUAGGUACCAAAAUCAUCAUAGCGCAGCAUUUUUCAUGUAUCUCGGGGCCAAUAGGACCUUUGGUUUCUGGUUGGACUUUAUAUGUGUUAUAUACAUUGGCUUGGUAAUAUUGUCGCUGAUUUUCGUUGAAAGAGAAACAUUUGGAGGAAAUAUUGGUCUUGCCCUCACUCAAACCUUAGCUCUGACGGGAACGUUUCAGUGGGGGAUGCGACAAUGGUCUGAACUCGAAAACCAAAUGACUUCCGUGGAAAGGGUCCAAGAAUACGCUGACUUAAAACACGAAGAAGAUAAUUAUACUGUAGAACCAGCUGCGACGUGGCCAGAUCAAGGAAAAAUAGAAUUUAAAAAUAUGUCUCUUCAGUAUUCACCCGACGAUCCUCCCGUUCUUAAGAAUCUCAGUUUUGUUAUCCAACCUUCUGAGAAGGUGGGUAUAGUUGGAAGAACAGGUGCAGGAAAGUCUUCGCUAAUUCAAGCUGUUUUCCGGUUGACUCAUAUCGAUGGUAGCAUACUUAUUGACGAUAUAGAUACAAAAUCUGUUGCUUUGAAAAAGCUCAGAUCUAAAAUUUCUAUUAUUCCUCAAGAACCUGUUCUGUUCUCUGGAACAUUGAGAAAUAAUUUGGAUCCUUUCGAUGAGUAUAAAGAUGAAGUGCUAUGGAAUGCUUUAAACCAAGUAGAACUCAAGAGCGUAGUAGAUGACUUACCAGCCGGUCUGGACAGCAAAAUGGCAGAAGGAGGCUCUAACUUCAGUGUAGGUCAAAGGCAGUUAGUAUGCCUAGCGAGAGCUGUACUAAGGAAUAACAAAAUACUAGUUUUAGAUGAAGCCACAGCCAACGUUGAUCCGUAUACUGACGGUUUGAUUCAAAAAACAAUAAGAAAAAAUUUUGACAAGUGCACAGUAUUAACCAUAGCUCAUAGAAUAAACACAAUUAUGGAUUCAGACAAGGUUCUAGUCAUGGAUGCUGGAAGAGUGGUAGAAUUUGAUCAUCCAUACACGCUUUUACAAAAUCAAAAUGGUGUUUUCUAUUCGUUGGUUCUGCAGACAGGAAAAGCUACAGCUAGAACUUUAAUAACGAUUGCAGAAGAAAAUAAAACAAUGAAAGACAAGGAUAAAUGAUAUAUACACAUACAUUUUAAUGUUUGGGUUUGCAGAGUUCCAUGCAGAAUGAUUUUUACACCUAUGUCUCGAUAUGUAUGUCGUCCGUUCGGAUGAAAACUGCACAAUCUCAAAAUUUACAAACUUUUCAGGAGAGCAUUUUUAAGAUUUAUCGGUAAAUAAAAUUUUCCACAAUAAACAUUGGCAGGUUUUUGUUUUAGUUUGUAUUAGUUGUAUCUUUUAUAUGUCGAAACAACAUGAAAAUAUUUCAACCAUAUAAAUAAUAAUAAUAAAACAAUUUGUUUUUAAAUAA